CGCUGAGAAUCACCAGAAUAAAUAGGAAAAGACCCUAACUUGAACCAUGAGUAGUUCAUCUAAACGUAUAAAAAAUGUCUCGAUCUCCGUGCCGGUGCUAUAUGGGAACCAUGCGGUGAAAUUAGCCCCGGAAAAGAGAACAGAACGCACUCCAGUCGACCACACCCAUGAAUGGACCGUCUUCUUCAAGCCGGUAAUCGCCGGGUUUGACUUGACUCCGCUACUUAAAAAGGUCACAUUCAAACUCCAUGAGACCUAUGACACCCCGGUCAGAUCGGUUGAGAGACCUCCGUAUCAGGUCACCGAGACUGGAUGGGGUGAAUUCGAGGUGAUUAUCAAGUUGCACUUCCAUGCCGGAUCGGAGUUAAGUAUCAACGAGAAGAACUUUCAAAUCUUCCAUGGACUUAAGUUACAUCCUUUCAAUCCACAGCUGCCCACUAGACCUAAUGGGGAGGUUCAUCUGGUUCUCUACGACGAGCUUGUCUUCCUGGAGCCCACAGAAAAAGUUUUCGAGAUCUUAACCCUGGCGCCACUGAACUUGUUGCCAUACAAAUUAUCCGACCCACUGAAACGUGACCAAGAAUUCCUCCGUACUGACGAGUUGGAUGAGUUGGCCAGAUUGGACGUAUACAUUGAACAAAUUAAGGGGGAGAUUGAGAAACAACGCGAUGAUUACAAGGACUUGGAGCAAGAGAAAUUGGCAUUGUUGCAGUAGACCAACCUCCCCCCCUUCUCCCUUACAAGUUUGACCAACUACGUCCUACAGGAGUUGGAGAUAUUAGAGCACCUAUGUGGGUAGAUUUCCUCGCUAGAGGAAUAAGAGCCUCCACGGCUAGUGGCCCACGGAGUGCCAGCGGAGCGGCUUACAGACCCCAUAGGGGUACGACUCCCCCGUGGGACACUGAGACGCUCCGCUGGCCCCUACUCGGGGAGAGCCACUGUGUAGUGUCUAGCUUCUCUACGAGGAGACCUCUAGGACCCAGUGCUUACAUAAGGAAGUAGUCCGCGACGGUUGGUAGCGCGCAGAGUACCUGUUUAGCCACCCAGAGCCCUGGUAGGACUCCCUGGACAUUCUCCGA